UCUCUCUCUCUAAAAUAAGUAACAAUGGAUGACGAUGAUGUGGUGAUAAUUGGAGCAGGGAUUUGUGGGUUAGCAACGGCCAUUGCUCUUCACAAGAAGGGGAUAAAAUGUGUGGUAAUGGAGAUGUCUGAAAGUCUAAGGAACGUGACUGGAGCAGCAAUCGGGAUCCGGCCAAACGGGUGGCGAGCUCUGGAUCAACUUGGCGUGGCGGAGAUCCUCCGCCGCGCUGCUAUCCCUCUUAAGCGGGAACGAGAUAUAUCGCUUGAUGGAGGGAGGAAAACAGAAAUAUCAUUGAUUAAUUGGGAUGGCGAAACUCGUUGUUUGAGAAGGAGGGAUCUUAUAGACACUCUUUAUGCUGCACUUCCUCCUACCACAAUAAAAUUCGGGCAAGCAACUUGAAUCUAUAAUACUUGACCCGCAUUCUAC